AUGUACAUGGUAUGUACCGUAUGUUCAGUGUGCCGCUAAAUGUAAUUUUCCACUUUAAAGGAUACAUUCCUGUUGGUGCGGGUGUUCCUCCUUCGAAUUUGGUGUAGUGUGCAUUUGAUGUUUCAUAGCAUUAUUUCUGCUUGGAGAUAUCUUAUCUUAAAGGUGGUGACAUUUCCCUUGACAUUUUGUGGAAUGCGAUGAACAGUCAACGUACAGCGGUCUUCGAAAUUGGUGUCCACCCUACAUACUCUAUAGGAAUCUCUCUCAUUCUCUUUCACUCUCUCUCUCUCUUUCUCUCUCUGUCUCUCUCUCUCUCUCUCUCUCUGUCUCUCUGUCUCUCUGUCUCUCUCUGUCUAUCUCUGUCUCCCCCUCCCCUCCAGUCUCCACAUGCAUCACCACCUGUAAGAAGCCGGCGCCCCCGCCCGUGCCGCCCCGCACCACCUCCAAGCCCUACAUCUCUGUGACGGUGCAGAGCAGUACUGAGUCGGCCCAGGACACCUACCUGGACCACCAGUCUGAGCGUGACCGCCGCAGCAAGACCAUUACCAGCCAGUCCAGCCAAGCCCAUAGCAACUCCUCUGACAGCCUCGACAGCACACGCGCCAACAGCCUGGCUCGGGGUGUCCCUCGACCCAUCCCCGUCCCCGUCGCCACCCCCUGGGAACCCCUCACCACCACCACCACCGUCCACCACGCCGCCACCGGGACUGACACCAACGACUCCCAGCGUGAACCCCUGAAGACGACGGGCAUCAACUGGGGGAACCUGAUGGCAGAGGAGCCCCGAGCGGACAUCGUGCCCCGGAGGAAGCUUUCCUCCAUAGGCAUACAGGUGGGAGCGCGGUUACGGUUUAGUCAGUGACGUUAUGGUAAUGUCAGUGAUGUUACGGUAAUGUCAGUGACGCUAUGGUAUUGUCAGUGAAGUUAUGCUAUUGUCAGUGGUGUUACAGUAAAGUCAUUAAUGUUACAUUAGUCAGUAACAUCACAGUAUGUUUCUUACUGUUUGGGGUAAAAAGCUGGAGCUAGAGUUUCUGUGGCAGUAUGGCUAAGGCCAGCAAUGGACUGGCGUGCAGCAACCAAUGGGCUCCUGAUUCAAAUCCUUAGAGGGGUGGGUGGGGGUGUGUACUGCUAUUGUUCCCUUGACAACGGCAAUGAAUAUACAGUAUAUAAAUACAGUACCAGUCAAAAGUUUGGACACACCUACUCAUUCAAAGGUUUUUCUUUAUUUUUUUACUAUUUUCUACAUUGUAGAAUAAUAGUGAAGACAUCAAAACUAUGAAAUAACACAUGGAAUCAUGUAGUAACCAAAAAAGUGUUAAACAAAUCAAAAUAUAUUUUAUAUUUUUGAUUCUUCAAAGUAGCCACCCUUUGCAUUAAUGACAGCUUUGCACACUCUUGGUAUUCUCUCAACCAGCUUCAUGAGGAAUGCUUUACCAACAGUCUUGAAGGAGUUCCCACAUAUGCUGAGCACUUGUUGGCUGCUUUUCCUUCACUCUGCGGUCCAACUCAUCCCAAACCAUCUCAAUUGGGUUGCGGUUGGGUGAUUGUGGAGGCCAGGUCAUCUGAUGCAGCCCUCCAUCACUCUCCUUCUUGGUCAAAUAGCCCUUACACAGCCUGGACGUGUGUUGGGUCAUUGUCCUGUUGAAAAACAAAUUAUAGUCCCACUAGGCGCAAACCAUAUGGGAUGGCGUAUCGCUGCAGAAUUCUGUGGUAGCCAUGCUGGUUAAGUGUGCCUUGUAUUCUAAAUAAAUCACUGACAGUGUCACCAGCGAAGCACCCCCACACCAUCACAACUCCUCCUCCAUGCUUCACGGUGGGAACCACACAUGCAGAGAUCAUCCGUUCACCUACUCCGCGUCUCACAAAGACACGGCGGUUGGAACCAAAAAUCUCAAAUUUGGAAUAAUCAGACCAAAGGACAGAUUUCCACUGGUCAAAUGUCCAUUACUUGUGUUUCUUGGCCCAAGCAAGUCUCUUAUUCUUAUUGGUGUCCUUUAGUAGUGGUUUCUUUGCUGCAAUUCAACCAUGAAGGCCUGAUUCACGCAGUCUCCUCUGAACAGUUGAUGUUGAGAUUUGUCUGUUACUUGAACUCCGUGAAGCAUUUAUUUGGGCUGCAAUCUGAGGUGCAGUUAACUCAAAUGAAUUUAUCCUCUGCAGCAGAGGAAACUCUGGGUCUUCCUUUCCUGUGGCGGUCCUCAUGAGAGCCAGUUUGCGACUGCACUUGAAUAAACAUUCUUGACAUUUUCCGGAUUGACUGACCUUCAUGUCUUAAAGUAAUGAUGGACUGUCAUUUCUCUUUGCUUAUUUGAGCUGUUCUUGCCAUAAUAUGGACUUGGUCUUUUACCAAAUGGGGCUAUCUUCUGUAUACUACCGCUACCUUGUCACAACACAACUGAUUGGCUCAAACGCAUUAAGGAAAUAAAUUCCACAAAAAAAAAAAACUUAACAAAAAGAACUUUUAACAAAGCACACCUGUUAAUUGAAAUGCAUUCCAUGUGACUAACUCAUGAAGCUGGUUGAAAAAAUUCCAAGAGUGUGCAAAGCUGUCAUCAAGGCAAAGGGUGGCUACUUUGAAGAAUCUCAAAUAUAAAAUAGAUUUUGAUUUGUUUAACACUUUUUUGGUGACUACAUGAUUCCAUAUGUGUUACUUCAUAGUUUUGAUGUCUUCACUAUUAUUCUACAAUGUAGAAAAUAGUAAAAAUAAAGAAAAACCCUUGAAUGAGUAGGUGUUUCCAAACUUUUGACUGCUACUUUAUAUUUGUGAUGUCCCUCAUGUAGCUGAACUUUUUAUUCUCUGUCAACUGAAUUUGCAAUACUGAGUUUCUCAAUUUGUCAAAAUAUGUACUUUUGCCUUGGGCUCAUAUUUACAUAGGGUAUUAAACCUAACCAUUUAUCGUUUUAAAGAAUAACCAAGCACUGUACUGCACUGAUGCAGUAUGGAUUUUUCUUAUGCUUACAGCUCAUAUGGGGCUUGCUAAAUUUUUAAACUUGCCAUCUGGAAAAUGAAAAACUCAUGAGAGUACUCCCCAUGCUUGACGAUUUAAAUUUUUUCAGACUCAAUUGUUCAGGGUUUGGAAUGAGACAGGUUGUCCUUUUUUUGCAUUCGCACUCCGCAAAUGGUCAGAUCUCACAAUGCUUGGAGAAGUGUGUAACGUCUCAAGAACCACAUUAAAAUGAUAUAGCAAUCCUGGAAGACCACCAAUUUCCUCCAGAUUCAACAUUUUACAGAUUGAUGACUGUGUUAUCUGAUUGGUUAUUAGGUUGACUGCAUUGAGGAGGAAGUCCAACGAGAGGAGACACCGACACCGCCAUUGGCCAAAUUCCAGUCAAUCGGAAUACAGGCAGACGACGGCUGGGAGUAAGUAACAGCACUUCCUGUCCCCCCGGUUAUGACAUGUCAACCAUUUCCUAUAAGGAAAUAAUAUUUAUGCUCUACACAAUAAAAUGUUGUCUAAAUGUAUUCAUCCCUGAGGGGCCAUUUUAAUGUAGUCACUUAGAAAAUGUCCAUGAUGUGAGAAAACAGUUACAUGCCUGUUAUGUUGCCAAGAGCAUACAAUAUUUACAUAAGCUGUUUUACAAUGUCACAUGCAAGAUUUGAAGGUCAUUCUGUAGUUCUGCAGCCUAGUACUUGUCAGGUAGUUAACAUAGUUUUGUGAUUUGAAUGCCAGGAAGUCCUUGCAUGCCACACUCUGCUUCACUCCCCUUUGUUCCCUCUCUUUGAAGUUUGAAGUUUUAUUAGUCGUAUUUACAGGAUACACAUGGUAUACACCAUCUAAUGAAAUGCUUACUUGCAGAUUCCUUCACGACAAUGCAGCAACAAUAAGAAAUAAGAAAAUAUAAGAAUAUGAACAUAAAGUAAAUGGCUCAGGAGAAUGGAAUAAACAUUUGAACAUAAGUGGUCCUCUGUAGCUCAAUUGGUAGAGCAUGGCGCUUGUAACGCCAGGGUAGUGGGUUCGAUCCCCGGGACCACCCAUAUGUAAAAAUGCAUGCACACAUGACUGUAAGUCGCUUUGGAUAAAAGCGUCUGCUAAAUGGCAUAUUAUUAUUAUUAUUAUUAUUAUUAUUAUUAUUAUUAUAAGUAUAAUACAGGAAGGCACAAUUUAUAGUACAUUUACACAUGUAUCAGGGACGGGGGGAACUCCUAGUUUGCAUGCAGAGUUUUAUGAAGUUGGUUGUCAGAAUUCUCUCACAAUUUGAUUACAUCUGAAUGUGGCCUGUAUCAGUUGAUAUCGUAGAAAGAGCCUAAACCAGGAGCUUUGUCUUACUUGACUCAAACAAAACUAUGUAUAUACGGGUGUAUACAGUUGAAGUCGGAAGUUUACAUACACUUCGGUUGGAGUCAUUAAAACUCGUUUUUCAACCACUCCACAAAUGUCUUGUUAACAAACUAUAGUUUUGGCAAGUCGGUUAAGACAUCUACUUUGUGCAUGAGACAAGUAAUUUUUCCAACAAUUGUUUACAGACAGAUUAUUUCACUUAUAAUUCACUGUAUCACAAUUCCAGUAGGUCAGAAGUUUACAUCCACUAAGUUGACUGCCUUUAAACAGCUUGGAAAAUUCCAGAAAAUGAUGUCAUGGCUUUAGACGCUUCUGAUAGGCUAAUUGACAUCAUUUAAAUCAAUUGGAGGUUUUACCUGUGGAUGUAUUUCAAGGCCUACCUUCAAACUCAGUGCCUCUUUGCUUGACAUCAUGGGAAAAUCAAAAGAAAUCAGCCAAGAAAUAAUUGUAGACCUCCACAAGUCUGGUUCAUCCUUGGGAGUAAUUUCCAAACGCCUAAAGGUACCACGUUCAUCUGUACAAACAAUAGUACGCAAGUAUAAACUCUAUGGGACCACGGAGCCGUCAUACUGCUCAGGAAGGAGACGCGUUCUGUCUCCUAGAGAUGAACGUACUUUGGUGCGAAAAGUGCAAAUCAAUCCCAGAACAACAGCAAAGGACCUUGUGAAGAUUCUGGAGGAAACAGGUACAAAAGUAUCUACAUCCACAGUAAAACAAGUCCUAUAUCGACAUAACCUGAAAGGCCGCUCAGCAAGGAAGAAGUCACUGCUCCAAAACCGCCAUAAAAAAGCCAGACUACGGGUUUGCAACUGCACAUGGGGACAAAGAUCUGAUGAAACAAAAAUAGAACUGUUGGGCCAUAAUGACCAUCGUUAUGUUUGGAGGAAAAAGGGGGUAGUUUGCAAGCCGAAGAACACCAUCCGAACCGUGAAGCACGGGGGUGGCAGCAUCAUGCUGUGGGGGUGCUUUGCUGCAGGAGGGACUGGUGCACUUCACAAAAUAGAUGGCAUCAUGAGGAAGGAAAAUGAUGUGGAUAUAUUGAAGCAACAUCUCAAGACAUCAGUCAGGAAGUUAAAGCUUGGUCACAAAUGGGUCUUCCAAAUGGACAAUGACCCCAAGCAUACUUCCAAAGUUGUGGCAAAAUGGCUUAAGGACAACAAAGUCAAGGUAUUGGAGUGGCCAUCACAAAGUCCUGACCUCAAUCCUAUUGAGUGUAUGUAAACUUCUGACCCACUGGGAAUGUGAUGAAAGAAAUAAAAGCUGAAAUAAAUCAAUUCUCUCUACUAUUAUUCUGACAAUUCACAUUCUUAAAAUAAAGUGGUGAUCCUAACUGACCUAAGACAGGGAAGUUUUACUAGGAUUAAAUAUCAGGAAUUGUGAAAAACUGAGUUUAAAUGUAUUUGGCUAAGGUGUAUGUAAACUUCAGAGUUCAACUAUAUAAGGAUAUACUGUAUAACUACUGUUGUUUAGGAUGCCCAUCUAAACAACAGUAGUCCUAUUGCUAAUAAAAACCUCAAUGCUGUUUAUUGGCAUACCAACCUAGGGAAAGUAUUCAGACCCCUUGACUUUUUCCACAUUUUGUUACGUUACAGCCUUAUUCUAAAAUGAAUUAAAUAUGAUUGUUUCCUCAGCAAUCUACACAAAAUACCCCUUAAUGACAAAGCAAAAACGGGUAUAAGUAUUCAGACCCUUUGCUAUGAGACUCGAAAUUGAGCUCAGGUGCAUCCUGUUUCUAUUGAUCAUCCUUGAGAUGUUUCUACAACUUGAUUUGAGUCCACCUGUGGUAAAUUAAAUUGAUUGGACAUGAUUUGGAAAGGCACACAGCUGUCUAUAUAAGGUCCCACUGUUGACAGGGCAUACAGUGGCUUGCGAAAGUAUUCACCCCCCUUGGCAUUUUUACUAUUUUGUUGCCUUACAACCUGGAAUUAAAAUUGAUUUUUGGGGGGUUUGUAUCAUUUGAUUUACACAACUUGCCUACCGCUUUUAAGAUGCAAAAUAUUUUUUUGUGUGAAAUAAACAAGAACUAAGACAAAAAAAUAGAUAACUUGAGCGUGCAUAAAUAUUCACCCCCCCCCAAAGUCAAUACUUUGUAGAGCCACCUUUUGCAGCAAUUACAGCUGCAAGUCUCUUGGGGUAUGUCUCUAUAAGCUUGGCACAUCUAGCCACUGGGAUUUUUGCCCAUUCUUCAAGGCAAGUUGGAUAGGUUCCGCUGGUGUACAGCAAUCUUUAAGUCAUACUACAGAUUCUCAAUUGGAUUGAGGUCUGGGCUUUGACUAGGCCAUUCUAAGACAUGUAAAUGUUUCCCCUUAAACCACUCGAGUGUUGCUUUAGCAGUAUACUUAGGGUCAUUGCCCUGCUGGAAGGUGAACCUCCGUCCCUGUCUCAAAUCUCUGGAAGACUGAAACAGGUUUCCCUCAAGAAUUUCCCUGUAUUUAGCGCCAUCCAUCAUUCCUUCAAUUCUUACCAGUUUCCCAGUCCCUGCCGAUGAAAAACAUCCCCACAGCAUGAUGCUGCCACCACCAUGCUUCACUGUGGGGAUGGUGUUCUCGGGGUGAUGAGAGAUGUUGGGUUUGCGCUAGACAUAGUGUUUUCCUUGAUGGCCAAAAAGCUCAAUUUUAGUCUCAUCUGACCAGAGUAACUUCUUCCAUGUGUUUGGGGAGUCUCCCACGUGCCUUUUGGCGAACACCAAACGUGUUUGCAGCUCAUUCAGGGUUAUCUUUGGUCUCUUUGUUGCCUCUCUGAUUAAUUCCCUCCUUGCCUGGUCCGUGAGUUUUGGUGGGCGGCCCUCUCUUGGCAGGUUUGUUGUGGUGCCAUAUUCUUUCAAUUUUUAAAAAAUGGAUUUAAUGGUGCUCCGUGGGAUGUUCAAAGUUUCAGAUAUUUUUUUAUAACCCAACCCUGAUCUGUACUUCUCCACAACUUUGUCCCUGACCUGUUUGGAGAGCUCCUUGGUCUUCAUGGUGCCGCUUGCUUGGUGUUGCCCCUUGCUUAGUGGUGUUGCAGACUCUGGGGACUUUGAUAACAGGUGUAUAUAUACUGAGAUCAUGUGACAGAUCAUGUGACACUUAGAUUGCGCACAGGUGGACUUUAUUUAACUAAUUAUGUGACUUCUGAAGGUAAUUAGUUGCACCAGAUCUUAUUUAGUGGCUUCAUAGCAAUGGGGGUGAAUACAUAUGCACGCAACACAUUUCCGUUAUUUAUUUUGUAGAAUUAAUUGAAAUGUAUUUUGUGUAUGUCCAUUACAUGAAAUCCAAAUAAAAAUCAAUUUAAAUUACAGGUUGUAAUGCAACAAAAUAGGAAAAAUGCCAAGGGGGAUGAAUACUUUUGCAAUGCACUGUAUCAGAGCAAAAACCAAGCCAUGAAGUCGAAGGAAUUGUCCGUAGAGCUCCAAGACAGGAUUGUGCCGUGGCACAGAUCUGGGGAAGGGUACCAACAAAUGUCUGCAGCAUUGAAGGUCCCCAAGAACACAGUGGCCUCCAUCAUUCUUCAAUGGAAGAAGUUUGGAUCCACCAAGACUCUUCCUAGAGCUGGCCUGCCGGCCAAACUGAGGAAUCGGGGGAGAAGGGCCUUGGUCAGGGAGGUGACCAAGAACCCAAUGGUCACUCUGACAGAGCUCUAGAGUUCCUCUGUGGAGAUGGGAGAACCUUCCAGAAGGACAACCAUCUCUGCAGCACUCCACCAAUCAGGCCUUUAUGGUAGAGUGGCCAGACGGAAGCCACUCCUCAGUAAAAGGCACAUGACAGCCCGCUUGGAGUUUACCAAAAGGCACCUAAAGACUCUCAGACCAUGAGAAACAAGAUUCUCUGGUCUGAUGAAACCAAGAUUGAACUCUUUGGCCUGAAUGCCAAGCAUCACGUCUGGAGGAAACCUGGCACCAUCCCUACGAUGAAGCAUGGUGGUGGCAACAUCAUGCUGUGGGGAUGUUUUUCAGCAGCAGGGACUUGGAGACUAGUCAGGAUCGAGGCAAAGAUGAACAGAGCAAAGUACAGAGAGAUCCUUGACGAAAACCUGCUCCAGACCGCUCAGGACCUCAGACUGGGGAGAAGGUUCACCUUCCAACAGGACAACGACCCUAAGCACACAGCCAAGACAACGCAGGAGUGGCUUCCGGACAAGUCUCUGAAUGUCCUUGAGUGGCCCAGCCAGAGCCCGGACUUGAACCUAAUUGAACAUCUCUGGAGAGAUCUGAAAAUUGAUGUGCAGCAAUGCUCCCCAUCCAACCUGAGAUAGCUUGAGGUAAUCUACAGAGAGGAAUGGGAGAAACUCCCCAAAUACAGGUGUGCCAAGCUUGUAGCGUCAUACCCAAGAAGACUCAAGGCUGUAAUCGCUGACAAAGGUGCUUCAACAAAGUACUGUGUAAAGGGUCUGAAUACUUAUGUACAUUUGAUUUUUCAGUCUUUUAUUUUUAAUAAAUUUGCAAACAUUUUUAAAAACCUGUUUUUGCUUUGUCAUUAUGGGGUAUUGUGUGUAGAUUGAUGAGGGUGGAAAAAACAAUUUAAUCUAUUUUAGAAUAAGGCUGUAACGUAACAAAAAGUGGAAAAAGUCAAGGGGUCUGAAUACUUUCCGAACGCACUGUAUGUCCCUUAUCCCCCUAUUAUUAUAAUUGAUUAUUAUCCUAUUAACCAUUAAUAUUCAGACUUCUAAGUAUCCAUAGUAUUUUCCACAGAUUUACGUCUAUUCCCCUCGUUUUGGCGUUUUCUGUUCUAUCACUUGAAUGGGAAAGCAGGAUCGUAGCCAUGGUCAGACGAUGGUCAGGGUUUGUGCGAACUGCCCGUUCCCCAGCCAAGCCCUUUCCCCAUACAUGUAAUGAGUCAUUGAGAUGAAUAGAGGUCGAACUUGCCACAAAAGACAGUGAUACCAUGUGUAACGCAAUUUUUUAAAGUAGUUAAUUGUGUGGUAUACCCUCUAUCCAUCUCUAUGGUCUAGUCUAGGUUCUGUGUGUUAUACCUGUAUUGAUCAGUUCAGGAUGAAGUGUCUGGCGUUGAGAACAUUGCUUGGUUUGUUUUGUAGCAGGAAAAGGCUUGGUCAUAAUUUUUCCCCAUGUCUUUGUUUUUACUCACAAGAAUAACAAAUGUGAUGUUUUUUUCACUUACAGAAGCAGUCGGGGUUGGUUUGACUUUGGUUGGCUUUAGGUUGAGGUUGGUGUUAGGGUGCAGGCACAUUCUGGUUCUUGAAGUUUACUUAUCCAUAUUAGUCUAACAAUAAUAUAUAUUGCAUUGUCUUGACAGAAUAACAUUAUUAGAGAUGUAUUGUCCGUUUUCACCAUUGUUAUUGAAUGAGCAUUGACCACUUUCUCCUGUGUCACUUUUGUGUGUGUGUGUGUUUUCAGGUUCAGUCACUCCAGUAGCAUGGCCUCCAAGCAGGAGACAGACUCAGACACACAGGACCUCCCGGUCAUCUCCCACGCCAAGCCCGUCCCCGAGAAGAAGAGCAUGGUCAACAACGCCUGCCAAUCCAUGGACUCUCCCCCGUUUGACGGGCAGGUCAGCCAAGGCAACGGAUCAAAUCCCACCAGUACGUCUCCACCUCCACUACGGCAGUUCCUCAACCGCUCCACCACACGGUCCUCCUCCGACUCCUUCGCCGAGAGCCUGGACCCGGCCCUGGACCCCUCGUUCCUGCCCCCUCCGGACCCCUGGCUGGAGAGUGGGAACGGGAAUGGGAAUGGGGGCAGUGGGAACCCUAACGCGGUGCCCCUUCCAGGCCCUGCUUGCCGGCGGGACGGCCACUGGUUCCUCAAGCUGCUGCAGGCAGAGACGGGCCGCAUGGAGGGCUGGUGCCAGCAGAUGGAGCAGGAGACCAAAGACAACCAGCUCUCAGAGGAGGGUAAAACACACUUUUGUAUAUAGCCCCACCAUCCACAUCAUGGCAGUGGAUUGAUCUACAAAGUGGUCUGACCUGAUGACCUGAUCUGACCUGACCCAAUGGCUCAAAGCCUGGCUAGGGUUCAACCACAACACACACACACACACACUCUGCAGUGGAUGAGGCGGUAAUACCUGGGGUUAACACACAGACAGACCUCUAAUUCCAGAAUUAUACUAAUGUACUCUGGACCUGAUUACAGACCCAGAUUAGAUUAGUGCCUCAACAUCAGGGUGAAAUGAAACACACACACACACACACACUGCACAGUCCUAACACAAAAUCUCAGUCAAGCAUGCAUACUAUAUCAGAAUAUCUUGACCAAACUAAGAAAAAGCAAAGGUCAUUUUGUGUCAGUGUGUGUAUCUGCGCGUGUGCAGUGUGUGUGCUCGCGCAUGCAUUUCUCUCACUGUUAGCACGAUAGAGUUGACAUUGAAUCUCAUUACUGCAGGACCAUAGAAACACCUGGUUCUGCUGGCCCCCUAAUCUCAUUGCCAUAACCUCAUCAUCCAGUGGUCGUAUUUUUUUUAAAUCAAUUUCACCAACACAAAUGUUUGUCCGUUUUGAUGCAGCACUAAAACCAGAGACUAAAGUCAUAAAUACUGGAUGAAGAAGGGACGAUGCCAGUAUUGCGAUACUCGUUAAUAUAUUGGCAAGGAAACAAAACACGAAGCAGAUUGAACUUCUUUAGAAAAACAGCCCAAUGUUGGAAACAAACAUCAUUAUGUUGUCAUACAGAGUCACAUUUAUUUAUUUUCCAAGCUAUAGCACACAAUAUUUUACAUACAGCAGGUUUUUAAAGCACCAGUGUAAAAAAUAUUGAGAUACUGGUAUCGUCACCGCCCUGGUAUCUUUGGAGGCUUAGAGUGCUGCCUUUAAAGAGGAUAACACUGUCCAUUACACUGUAAUCCUCUUGGGUGGCCCCCAUGUAGUCGUUUUGACAAUAUUGGAAAAGCCUUAACGUCCAUCUCUAGUCUAGACACCACAUAUUUGCUUGGGUUUGUUUGGGAACGUUGCUGGGAUGGUUUGCUUCAUUAAUGUGAUGUUCCUGUUUGAACAGGCUGAGGUUUUUCUCCCUCACAAAUCAUCUUGCCUCCCUGUGACUCAAAUCCUUUUCACAGAUGUCCUUGUGUGCAGUCUAGAUGUCAGUUUAGUUGUACAGAUAGGGGGAAGUGUGUAGAGACAAUCUCCUCUCUUAAGGUGGUAGUGUUCUAAACCCAUACUUUCUCGGGACUAGUGACCUUUUAGCGUGGAGUCUGCGCUCAAAAAGGUGCUUUUUAUUUUUUUAUUUUUUCAUUUAUUUAACCUUUAUUUAACCAGGUAAGCCAGUUGAGAACAAGUUCUCAUUUACAACUGCGACCUGGCCAAGAUAAAGCAAAGCAGUGCGAUUAAAAACAACAACACAGAGUUACAUAUGGGGUAAACAAAACGUACAGUCAAAAAUACAACAGAAAAUAUAUAUAUAGUGUGUACGAAUGUAGCAAGUUAUGGAGGUAAGGCAAUAAAUAGGCCAUAGUGCAAAAUAACAACAAUUAGUAUUAACACUGGAAUGAUAGAUGUGCAAAAGAUUAUGUGCAAAUAGAGAUACUGGGGUGCAAAUGAGCAAAAUAAAUAACAAUAUGGGGAUGAGGUAGUAGGGUGGGCUAAUUUCAGAUGGGCUGUGUACAGGUGCAGUGAUCGGUAAGGUGCUCUGACAACUGAUGCUUAAAGUUAGUGAGGGAGAUAAGAAUCUCCAGCUUCAGAGAUUUUUGCAGUUCGUUCCAGUCAUUGUCAGCAGAGAACUGGAAGGAAUGGCAGCCAAAGGAGGUGUUGGCUUUGGGGAUGACCAGUGUGAUAUACCUGCUGGAGCGCAUACUACGGGUGGGUGUUGCUAUGGUGACCAAUGAGCUAAGUUAAGGCGGGGAUUUGCCUAGCAGUGGUUUAUAGAUGGCCUGGAGCCAGUGGGUUUGACGACGAACAUGUAGUGAGGACCAGCCAACAAGAGCGUACAGGUCACAGUGGUGGGUAGUGUAUGGGGCUUUGGAGACAAAACGGAUGGCACUGUGAUAGACUACAUCCAAUUUGCUGAGUAGAGUGUUGGAGGCUAUUUUGUAAAUGACAUCGCCGAAGUCAAGGAUCGGUAGGAUAGUCAGUUUUACGAGGGCAUGUUUGGCAGCAUGAGUGAAGGAGGCUUAAUUGCGAAAUAGGAAGCCGAUUCUAGAUUUCACUUUGGAUUGGAGAUGCUUAAUGUGAGUCUGGAAGGAGAGUUUACAGUCUAACCAGACACCUAGGUAUUUCUUGACUCUCACUACGUAGCAGAACAGUCUUGUUUUUGAGAAUGUCCUGAAAUUGAUGUAUCGGAAGACCAGAUACACGUCAGUUGCUAUGAGGAAAGUUUAUAAGCAUUAGGUUAGAGUUUUGUUCCUAAAUGGAACAACGAGAGACACUCCUUGACACGCUCUGUUGAUUGGCAUUGCAUUCCCAAUGCCCCAACAAAGUGUGUGUGUGAGUGUCUGUCUGCCCGACUGCCUGUCUACCUGCCUGUCUGUCUUUCUGUCUGUGCACGUGUGUGUCAGUAUGACUCAAUUUGUAUGUAUUCCUGUUAUCUGCAGUGUUGGGGAAGGUCCGCAGUGCAGUGGGCAGUGCUCAGCUCCUCAUGACCAAGAAAUUUGAGCAGUUCAGAGGACUGUGUGAACAAAACUUGGUAAGGAUCAACUCUCCAUAUUACAACUCACCCAUACACACAUCACCAGACAAAACAACACUACCCCACCAAAACACCAUCACAUCACCAGACAAAACAAUACUACCCCACCACAACACCAUCACAUAACCAGACAAAACAAUACUACCCCACAACAACACCAUCAUAUCACCAGACAAAACUAUACUAUUACAUACUCUAUACACACAUCAAAUAACCAGACAUAACAAAAGUUACCCCAACCCAACACCCUUACAUUACCAGAUAAUCAACCCUGCAUACUUACAUUACCAGAAAAGCCCUUACAUUACCAGAAAAGCCCUUACAUUACCAGAUAAUUAACCCCACAUACUUACAUUACCUGAAAACACCUUACAUUACCAGAUAAUAAACCCCACAUACUUACAUUACCAGAAAACCCCUUACAUUACCAGAUAAUCAACCCCACAUACUUACAUUACCUGAAAACCCCUUACAUUACCAGAUAAUCAACCCCACAUACUUACAGUGCAUUCAGAAAGUAUUCAGACCCCUUGACUUUUUCCACAUUUUGUUACGUUACAGCAUUAUUCUAAAAUGGAUUUUAAAAAUAAUACUCCUCAGCAAUCUACACAGAAUACCCUAUAAUGACAAAGUGAAAAAGUAGAAAUGUUUGCAAAUGUAUUAAAAAUAAAAAACGGAAAUACCUUAUUUACAUAAGUAUUCAGACCCUUUGCUAUGAGACUUGAAAUUGAGCUCAGGUGCAUCCUGUUUCCAUUGAUCAUCCUUGAGAUGUUUCUACAACUUGACUGGAGUCCACUUGUGGUAAAUUCAAUUGAUUGGACAUGAUUUGGAAAGGCACACACCUGUCUAUAUAAGGUCCCACAUGUAGAGCUCAGAGACAGUAUUGUGUCGAGGCACAGAUCUGGGGAAGGGUACCAAAAAAUGUCUGCAUCAUUGAAGGUCCCCAAGAACACAGUGGCCUGCAUCGUUCUUAAAUGGAAGAAGUUUGGAACCACCAAGACUCUUCCUAGAGCUGGCCGCCCGGCCAAACUGAGCAAUCAGGGGAGAAAGGCCUUGGUCAGGGAGGUGACCAAGAACCCAAUGGUCACUCUGACAGAGCGCCAGAGUUACUCUGUGGAGAUGGGAGAACCUUCCAGAAGGACAACCAUCUCUGCAGCACUCCACCAAUCAGGCCUUUAUGGUAGUGGCCAGACAGAAGCCACUCCUCAGUAAAAGGCACAUGACAGCCCACUUGGAGUUUGCCAAAAGGCACCUAAAACAAGAUUCUCUGGUCUGAUGAAACCAAGAUUGAAAUCUUUGGCCUGAAUGCCAAGCGUCACAUCUGGAGGAAACCUGGCACCAUCCCUAUGGUGAAGCGUGGUGGUGGCAGCACCAUGCUGUGGGGAUGUUUUUCAGUGGCAGGGACUUGGAGACUAAUCAGGAUCGAGGCAAAGAUGAACGGAGCAAAGUACAUAGAGAUCCUUGAUGAAAACCUGCUCCAGAGUACGAAGGACCUCAGACUGGGACGAAGGUUCAUCUUCCAACAAGACAAUGACCCUAAGCACACAGCCAAGACAACGCAGGAGUGGCUUCGUGACAAGUCUAUGAAUGUCCUUGAGUAGCCCAGCCAGAGCCCGGACUUGAACCCGAUCGAACAUCUCUGGAGAGACCUGAAAAUAGCUGUGCAGCGACGCUCCCCAUCCAACCUGACAGAGCUUGAGAGGAUCUAUAGAGAAGAAUGGGAGUAACUCCCCAAAUACAGGUGUGCCAAGCUUCUAGCGUCAUACCCAAGAAGACUCGAGGCUGUAAUCGCUGCCAAAGGUGCUUCAACAAAAUACUGAGGAAAGGGUCUGAAUACUUAUGCAAAUGUGAUAUUUCAGUCUUUUAUUUUAAAUGUAUUUUUUAAUUUUAAUAGAUUUGCAAAAAAUUCUAAAAACCUGUUUUUGCUUUCUCAUUAUGGGGUAUUGUGUGUAGAUUGAUGAGGAAAAAAACUAUUUUAUCCAUUUUAGAAUAAGGCUGUAACGUAACAAAAUUUGGAAAAGUCAAGGGGUCUGAAUACUUUCCGAAUGCACUGUACAUUACCAGAAACCCCUUACAUUACCAGAUAAUCAACCCCACACACUUACAUUACCAGAUAAUCAAAUAAUGAACAUGGUGAUAAUCAACCCAUCCAUCCUACAUCCUGCUUUACUUUAUAUAUAUUGUUUUAUCUUUAUUUAUCUGGGCCAAUUGUGUGCCUCCCUAUGGGACUCCCGACCAUGGCCAGUUGUGAUACAGCCUGGGAUUGAACCCGGGUCUGUAGUAACACCUCUAGCACUGUGAUGCAGUGCCUUUGACCGCUGAGCCACUCAGGAUCCCUAGAAGGAUCCCUACUUUACUUUGUUACAUUUAUUUUUACAUGGACAGUGCACAUUCAUUAAUUUAAUUAAUGUAAACGUAGUUAAUAAAUUCUGUAAAAGUGCUGGUUUUGGCCGGCUGAUUUUUGACCACAGUCCCUGGGCACACAUCAUCACAUCACUAGCCAACACAUGCUAAAUGGAAAGACACUGAGCUAAGUGACAUGCUGAAUGCAAACAGACAGUAAGGUCAAUGGAGAAGUGAUUGAUGGGACUUUUUCCAGACCUGAGUGGAUAAACUAUCAUAAAUAGUGGACAUGGCUGUAUGGUUCUCAGGGCAGGUCUGCCGGUUUUGACUAGGAGAAGUGACUUUUUAUAGCAGGUUAGGAGAAAUUGCGCAGCAGGUUAGGAGAAUUAACGUGGCAGGUUAGGAGAAUUAAUGUGGCAGUUUAGGAGAAGGUUUAGGUUUAGCUAAAAUGCUAAAAUUGUCCCAGACACGACGCAAACUUAUCUUGCUACAACCAGGCCUGCCCGGAGAACAGUCUUGAUUUCCACUAAUGUGAUGCUGCGUGGACAUGUCUCUCUGUAUCACGUCACUCCACUGAUCUUAGUACAGGGUACUCAGACUAUGACGUCCCCAAUUAUUAGGAUACGAAUAACCUCAGGUUGACGGUUUGCAAACGGCUACAUUUUGUUUGUAGCAUUCUCUGACUGUUAGCUAUUCUCAGUGGAAAUUCAGUGUCAUCAUUUUUGGAAUGUAUUAUGUUCUCUGAAAUUAGAGAUAGACUAGCAGUUAUUCAGAAAGAGGACCAACAAUCUAUGAUUGUUAAUGCAGUUUUUAUGAAUAUUGAUCAUCUCGUCAUAAAGUUCAGUGUAAGUAUUAGAGUAGCAAGGGGUACUGAUUGUGUUCAAUGAGUCGGUUAUAAUAGGAGUCUGUUUUAAUGCAGCCAUAUUAUUGAACUCAUGUUUUGCAUUAAUGGUUGUGUAGUGAACCUUUGGGCUAGGGAUUAAUUGUGAAAUUAUGUGCAAUCCUGAUAUAAUUCUAUGAAAAGGCACCCAGAUCCAGAAUAAGUGGAACCACUGUACCAUUUCAUAAGGAGUUUGACAAUAUAAAUGUUUUUUCCCAAUAUUUUGUAUUUAUUUAUGGACAAUUUUCUAUUGGAUGCUUUUCCUAUCAUUACACAGGAGAAAUGUUUAUCAGAAACAAGAUUGUUUUCCUUUUCAGCUGAAGACAGUUUCAGCUUUUUUCAUGCUAGUUCUACCAUCUUUUGUUGUGUUUUUUGAAAUCCCACACAAAGAGAAUGGUCUCCUAUCUGACGAUCCUGACAGCAGAAUUAGCAUGAUAGAAACAAGGAGGCGAGUUGAGCCAAAAGGCUGUGGAUAGGGGCUCAAACCCCAGUCUAGUUGCAGCUGCAAAGAUGCUGUGUGGGCAAGAAACACAAGCAGACCCAACCAUACUAAAGAGCUUUAGUAACAUAAUGAGUGAGUCAGGUGAAAAAAUGGUAUGGAACCCCAGUUCUCUGAAGAAAAUGAAGGAGAUAUCUCACUAUGGGGAAUGCAAGAGAGGGCGUGUCCCAUAAUGAGAUGUCGCACUGAGUCGACUGAAAGAGAACAAGUCGAAGUGUGAACGUCAACCCAUCCAUCUGCUCUGACUGACUUAGUUUACACACUUUAAAAGGAGAUAAGGCAAAACCGAGUGCCUCCCAAUUUCCUACGGUUUAUGUGAAGUGGUCAGUCCACCUUUCUAUUGCUUUUUAUUUAUUAAGUAUUUAUACUUCAUCAAGCAGGGGAAAACAUCUAGGAAUAGUCCCAAUACAGCAGUAUACAGUUUUUAUAGGCAUACAUUAAAUGACAAUACAGUAACAUCAACAUCCACACCUUCCAACAGAAUACAUACACAGAAACACAGUAUUUACCCAGAAAAAGUCAGAUGGAAUUCAACUAUUCAGUUUGACAAGAGGUCUUCUGUCAUUGUGUUGUAGGACAGCUCCCUCUAGUGUCAAAAGUGGGCAAAGCAACACUGAAUUAAUUUCAAAUCUGCCCUUUAUCCUUCUCUCCUUUUCUCCCUCCCUAUUCCUCUCUGCCCUUCUUACAUCCUCUCUCUUCUUCACUAUUUCUUUCUUUUCUUCCACUUUCCCACAUCCCUCUUUCUCCCCCAUUUUAUCCUUUCUCUCUCCCUUCAGAAUGUGAACGCCAACCUGCGGCCCACAGCCCAGGACCUGGCAGGCUUCUGGGACCUGCUGCAGCUCUCCAUCGAGGACAUCAGCCUCAAGUUUGACGAGCUCUACCACCUCAAGUCCAGCGACUGGCAGCCCCCUGCCGUGGCCCACUCGCCCCCCGAGCGGAAGGUACUUCCCACCCCUGCUGCCCAGUGCCCAGGCUGGGGUAGGAAAGCCGCCGAAACCGGCCUCUCUCCUCCCUCCCCACCUCCCCUCUCACUUCCCCCCUCCCUGUGUGAAAUGAACCAGCCAAAUGUAAAGGGGCUAGAGAAAAGACAAGUCCCUUUACACAUGCAUGGGGCUCAAUCUCAAAGAGGGCAGUUUGUUUAUGACUGUUUCUGCGGUUUAAGCCCCUCCUUUGAGAAUGCAUGUCGGGGUACAAGACAUGCUCUGAUCUGAUGUCUCAAGCAUGGUAAUGGCAGAGCUGCAUCACGUCAUGGAAUGUGGCCUGGCUUUCCGCUCUCUCCUGGGCAUGUGUGUGUGUAUGUGUUUGGUUUUACUAUCCUUGUGGGGACCAGAAGGAAAAGUCGGACAAGAGGGGACAUAUGGCUGGUCCCCACAAGGAAAAAGGCUAUUUUAGGCAUAGGGUUAGAGUUACAAUUGGGGUGAAGGUUAGAAUUAGGGUUUGGGUUUAGGGUUAUGUUAAGGCACGUGUCAAACUCAUUCCACGGAGGUCCCAGUGUCUACGGAUUUUCGCUCCUCCCUUGUACUUGAUUGAUGAAUUAAAGUAUCUAAUUAGUAAAGAACUCCCAUCACCUGGUUGUGUGUGUGUGUGUCUGUCGUUAUCUGUCUCUCUGUGUGCGACACUGUGCGUGUGGGGGUGGUAGGGGGGUGAUUAGUUGGUAUGAUGCGUGUGGCAGUGGUAGGGGGGUGAUUAGGUGGUAUGAUGCGUGUGGGAGUGGUAGGGGGAUGAUUAGGUGGUAUGAUGCGUGUGGGAGUGGUAGGGGGAUGAUUAGGUGGUAUGAUGCGUGUGGGAGUGGUAGGGGGAUGAUUAGGUGGUAUGAUGCGUGUGGGAGUGGGAGUGGUAGGGGGGUGAUUAAGUGGUAUGAUGCGUGUGGGAGUGGUAGGGGGGUGAUUAGGUGGUAUGAUGCGUGUGGCAGUGGUAGGGGGAUGAUUAGGUGGUAUGAUGCGUGUGGGAGUGGUAGGGGGGUGAUUAGGUGGUAUGAUGCGUGUGGGAGUGGUAGGGGGGUGAUUAGGUGGUAUGAUGUGUGUGGCAGUGGUAGGGGGAUGAUUAGGUGGUAUGAUGCGUGUGGGAGUGGUAGGGGGGUGAUUAGGUGGUAUGAUGCGUGUGGGAGUGGUAGGGGGGUGAUUAGGUGGUAUGAUGCGUGUGGGAGUGGUAGGGGGGUGAUUAGGUGGUAUGAUGUGUGUGGGGGUAGUAGGGGGAUGAUUAGUUUGUAUGAUGCGUGUGGGAUUGGUAGGGGGGUGAUUAGUUGGUAUGAUACGUGUGGGGAUAGUAGGGGGGGUGAACAGUUGGUAUGAUGCGUGUAAGGAUGGUAGGGGGGUGAUUAGGUGGUAUGAUGCGUGUGGGGGUUGUAGCGGGGUGAUUAGUUGGUAUGAUGCGUGGUAGAUUGAGUAAAGUACUAUGUUUCGGUGGAUCUGUGCUUCAACUACUUUGACUUCAUGCCGCUAUUUCACUAUGACUGCAGUGAUUCUGCAUUGGAUUAAAUGUGGUUCAUCCAAUGUCCUCAUCAUAAAAUGCAUUAUUUGAGUACCAAACCAACCUCUAGCCUCUACCUACUUAGGCACUAGGUAUAUUUGAGAAGAGGUUAUUGUUGGUUUGGGAUUCAGGGAUGCAAUAUGAAUUCAGUGUCUAGUCCAAGAAAGAGUUGCCAUCAAUGUCCUAUAUUUGGCUAUACUGUCCAUAUUAUGUCUAUCCUGUCCGUAUUUUGUCUAGAUUGUCCAUAUAAUGUGUCAAGCCAACCACCUUGUACAUUUUUUGUAGAAACCAUAAUCAAAACGUCACUGUCAAAGAUCCAUGUCUACCAAAUGAAACUCACUAGGCUAUUUUUUAUAACCUCUGUAUUACCUUUCGUUGCUUCGUUGCUUUUGGAAGAAAACCUUGUAUCUCAAAAACUGAAACUUUUCAGGAAACCUAAAAAAAAGCCAUAUUUGACCAUGAAUGAACAUACAAGCACAAAACUUCAGAAGUGAUUUGGUCCUAAAGUCCUAUAAUCUUUAGUGGGGGGAUACUGCUUUCAGUUCAUCAACAAAAAAAGGUUAUCUUUUAACAGCAACAACGCCUCUCACUCUCUCAUCUCUCCGCCCUCAACCCCCCCCCCCCCCCCCCCCCCCCGUCUCUUCUGUCCCUUUGUGGUUAACUCCAUCCAUUGCGGCUCACCACCACAACCAGGAGGACCAGAAAGAGCCCCCUCCUCCAGUGCCAAAGAAGCCUGUUAAGGGGAGGCCGAUGCUGGGCCGUGAGAAGAGCGCCGACUCCGCCUCUUCCACCUCUUCGGCGGAGAAGCACCGGACAGAAGCCCGCAAGCGCCUGCUGGCCGCCAAGAGGGCCGCCUCGGUUCGGCAGAACUCAGCCACGGAGAGCGCUGACAGUAUCGAGAUCUACGUCCCAGAGGCCCAAACACGUCUCUGA